AUGGGUCUUCUCGAGAGCAUCGACGCCGGCCUCACUGGCUUUGUGGGCCAGUGGAAUGGCUACUCGACGGCGCUGGUGACGCUGCUCAUUGCCCUCGUCACUUACCGCAUCACGUCGUCGCGCGAGCCCGAUGUGCACCCGCUGCUGCUUGCCAGACAGGCGGGAGCCUCUUCGGUGCGCAAUGAAGGCGAGAGCGCCGUCUACCGCAACCAGGCUGCUCCGCACAGCAUGCCGCUGAACAGUGGGCUGGAUGUCAAGGAUCCUGGUGCUUCCCGAUGGGCGAGGGGUCGAAACGGCGACCUUCGAGACGUUUGGCGCAAAGCGACGACUGGAAACGACCAGGGGAAGAAGGGAAAGCUGUUUACUGUGCUCGGAUCGGAGAAUGUCAUUGAGCAUCGCCUAGAGGAUAUCAACCGACAGAUCAACCUCAUUGGACAUCACAUUGCAGAGCAAGGCGGCAUCAGAGUUGCCAUCUAUCUGCCCAACUCGAUCGAAUUUCUCGUGACUCUGCUGGCCUGCAGCUUCUACCCGAACCUGACUACCGUUCUGAUUCCCUUCGACAUCUCCAAUGAAGAGCUCGUUUCCAUGAUGAGACGAUCUGCCGUUGAUACGGUUGUGACUACACCCGGAUCUUUCCCUCUUGAUGAUAUCACCAAGGCCUACCCAUCGCUGAGACAGCUCAUCUGGGUUGUGGAUGAGGGAAGCGCACAUCUCGACUGGAACGAGGUCCCCGAGGGCACGGGAGGCAGCGUCAACGUCGCUACGUGGCAAGAAAUCAUCCGGGAUGCCCCUGCUGACUCUAGCACUGAACUGCCUCCUCUGGAUCUGGAAAAGGUUCCCAUGGAUGUUGUGACUUUCUGGCAGACAAAGGCCGGAACGCUGGAGGAAAUGGUGCGCUUUACGCAGGCCAACCUGGUCGCUGGUAUCUCUUCUCAGAUUCACGGUAUCCCUGUAAAGGAGAGACUGACUCCAUCUGACUUGUUUCUUCCCGCUGAGUCUUUGGCCGGUAUUCAUACCCUUGUCCUUACCUUGGCUGCGCUUUACCAGAAUUCUUCUGUUGCUUUCAAUUCGGUUGCUGGACGGUCGCCAGAUUUGGUUCUGGCUACUCAGGGUAUCGCUCCGACGGUAAUUGUUGCCAGCCCCGACAGCUUGCUCAGAAUUCACCGAGAAUCCUCUGCCAAGCUCAACACUCCUCUCGCUAAAGCCUCUCAUGCUCUUUCCACUCGUGCCCUUACGCAAGAGGGCGUGCUUCCCGGCUCCAACCUGCUGUCUGCAUUCGCUGCUGGAGCGAAACCGGCCCUCGGCACCGACCCAAGCAAGCUGCGUGUUGUAUACGCCGCAGAGCGCGUUGGGGGAUUUACCCCGUAUCUUUCCUCUCAGGUUCUGUCUGAUCUGCGUGUCUUCACCGGCGCUCGAGUUGUCUACGCAUUGACAAGCGCUCGGGUGGCAGGCGCUGUUGCGCAGACGGCCUAUUUCGACUAUAGAGUUGAGGAGGGCGACAACGGCCACUUUGGUGCGCCGACGACGAGCAUUGAGAUCCGUUUGAAGGACAAGGGAGCAUUCAAAACGACGGAUGACAAGAUUGAGGGAGAGAUUUAUGCGACGGGACCCAGCGUUGCUGGCGGCGAGACUGGCCUCGGCGUUGUUGGAAGGCUUAGACAUGACAACACCCUUGCCUAUGCGUCUUAG